AUGGCUUCUCCCGAGCUGGCCAUCACCAAGGCGACGCUGUCGGCCACGCUCUUUCGCGCCGACCCGACGUCGCUGAACCGCGCCGCGGUCGAUUCCUUCUUCACGCUGCUAGACGACGCCAUCAUCCAGUGCUCCCGCCAGAACGUUCAGAAAUGCAAGGCUUGGAUAGUCGACAACGUGGUCCCAUCCGCCGCGCGCUGCACAGCCUUGGGCAAGUUCUGGGCCGUCCUGUCAAAGAAUCUGGCCGCGGAGAGUGACGGGAAGAAGCGCCGCAGCGCCAAGAGACGGAGGCUGCACCUCCUCUACAUUGUCAAUGAUGUCCUUUAUCACGAGGUUGUGCGCCAGAGCAACCGCAAGCUUGGAGAGACGUGGGCUGGGGUUUUGCCUGCCAUGAUUGGGAAUGCGGCGGCUUUCGACAAUUGCCCCAAGCAUAAGAGCAAACUCAAGGGUCUGAUUGAUUUGUGGGAGGAGAAGGGGUACUUUACGCCAGAGGUAGUUGGGCAGCUCCGCACAGCUCUCGCAAACGGCUCUGCUGAGAUUACGGCUGUCAAUCUUGAGCUUUCGGAGAGCUCUCUAAAACUCGCCAAGGACGCGCCGUAUACUCUACCCUCCUUCCAUGGCGAUGCUUCCAUCCCAUGGCCCAUGAUCCCCGAUCAAAUCCGCCCCAUUCAACUCGCGGCAGGGCCUGCGGAGAAGCGAGUCGUGGAUGCUGUCAAGAUGCUGCUGAAAGACGCAGACUACAUCUACGCUAAAAAGACCGAGCCGAGCGACGACCUACAGACGGGGUUCAGCGAACUAGGCGAACGUAUCAUCGUGGACGAAAUUACGGGCGAGGUGAUUGGAGGGAAGAGUUACUACGGCUGGUCUCGCCAGUUCUUCCGCAUCGAGAUCACGACCGAGAUCAAGAUCAAGCAGCUACUCUAG